GUUUUCACUGUGCCCUCCAUCUCUUUACUUACUCUCGCUCUGUCUUGAGGACAUUACUGAUUUCCUUCUGACAGUCUUUGAGCAGCAAUUCCAUUUCUCCAUCCUUCCGGCCAUUGUUACAGAGCUGUUGGAGAGAAGAACAGAAUAGCCUGAGGUGAAGCAGCUGACCAACCCCACCUCUGUUUCUGGAUCCUAUGGAAGCCAAGGCUAAGAGCGGGGCACCAGCGCCCAAGGCAUCCUCUAAAGCAGAGAAGACAGAGAAGAAGGAGGCAGCUCCCCCUAAAAAGGUUGACCCUGCUCAAGUAGAGCCUCUACCCCCAGCAGCCCCUGUGGAAGAGCCUCCAGUGGAGGAUGGCUCAGCUGAACCAGAGGGGGCACCAGAGGGGGAGGAGGCAGCAGAGGCCAGUACGGACUACCUGGAAAGCCUGAAGCCCUUCCUCAUUGGUGGUGCCAUCAUCGCUGCUGGUGCCAUCCUGUUGGGGGCACUGUUGUUGGCACGAAGAAAUUAACCACCACCACUCAUCAUCAAAACCUAUUGGUCGAUGGGUUAACGAGUCACUUGCUGAUUGGUUCAUAGACUAUCAUGCAGCUGGUAGAGAUGGGGUUAUGGGGAGCCACUGUGCUUCUUAACUUUAAUUCAGUCUGACCUUACUUGUAGUGAAUAUAAACAUCAGUGAACAUUCAAGUAAUAUAUUUUGGGCCCCUGCUAGUAUACUCACGCAUGAAUUUGCUCCACCCCUCUAACUGCACCUAUUUAUAGGUCUACACGCUUUUAAUCACCAUACAAAUGCACUCCCAACAGUUACACUGGACACACACAUAUACACAGUACUUGAACACCCUAUUUAUCCAGUAUUCACUGAUAAACAUUUGGAUGUUUCUGGGUCUACUAAUACAUAAGUUAGAAGUAGAAAUGCAGUAACUUUAUAUUGUUUGAUUUGAAAAAGGUCAUAUGAAGUGAAGUAUGAAGUAUAUUAAACAUACUAUUGUGAGUGCCUAGCAGGUUUGGGGUCAAUUUCAUUUGAAUUCCAGUCAAUUCAGGAAGUACACUGAAAUUCCUCUAUUUAUUUGAAGACCAUACAUGUUAGAGUGAUAGUGCGAGAGACUGUGCAGCUACUGUAAUAGUACUGUACAUUGUAUGUGUGAAUUUCGAUUCAGAAUGAAAAUAUUCUACAUGUAAUAUGUGGUGUACCAAUGUAUGUAGUAGCUUGGCCAGUCAUGCUCAGCAAAUCAGCAUAUACACAAAUAUAUUACAUUCAUAUCCAACCUCCAGGAAAGCCUUGAAAGUAUGAUGAAAUGAUGAUAAUACACGCAUUACGGUUUAUUUUCUAAUACAUUCAUAUUUUUUGAUAGUUUGAUAAACCUAGAAUCCAAGUAGAAAGCAUGCAUUAUUGAUGGGAGUAGAGAAAUAGCUGGAUUUAUUUAGUAGAUAAACUGAGAUUGUUUCUUCUGUUGUUUCCCUAUUCAUUACAGAGAAGCUCUCCUAUUUUUGAUAACAGACAAACACUUUUUUUAUUUUAAAUCAGAGGUCUAGGAGAUUUUCAACACCCAAUCAAACAUCUUGCUUGAACCCUGGCAUGUAGCGUACCAUGAUGCAAUAUCAAUACCUCCAGCACAGCAACAGAACAGACACAUAUUCUGCAGAUACAUGUUCAAAUAGCCUAGUCAUCACGUCACAGAGUACUAAAUAAAAUCUAUCAGUUAUUUUCCUUGGUCUCAAAGAGCGUAUAAAUGCAAUAAUUCCAGUAGGACUCCACAUUUUAGCACAUGUUCUGUGUGAUAUUAAAAUAAUGGUAAUGAUGGUGACAUGUUGAUGGGUAAUACUAUUGUAAAUGGAGAAUGAGAACCAGAUGAUGAUGAUUAAACCUAUAUUUUCUUGAUAUCCCAGCUCCCCAUAUAACAUAUUUUCCCUCUUGCACACUCCCUCCCCUGACUCCAAAGCUCCUUGUGUAAAUCCAAAUGGUUGUCUUGUGACUAGACCUGACCUUUAUUAAAGGCAAUGAAACAGCUUG